AGCUGAUGCGUAGUGAAGGUGUCAAAGAAAUGUAAACAAAACUUAUUUUUGUUGUGCGCUUGAAAAAAGAAGAGAAAAAAAAUGGAAAACUCCUCAACAGUUUCACUGAGAAUAUGUCAGGAAGGACAUGCAAAUGCAUUGGCACUCAACAAGGAUUGCACGCAGAUUGCAGUGGCGGGCAGGAGUCUCCUCAAGGUAUUUUCAAUUGAGGCAGAAAAAUUCGUGGAAGUAUGCAAUAUGCGCGGUGGGAAGAAUCAAAAUCUCAGCUAUUCCUCAAACGAUGUGGCCUGGAGUUACUUGGAGCAGAACAUCCUGGCCACAGCAGCCACCAAUGGGGUGGUAUCGGUGUGGGAUCUCUCCCGCUUUGGUCGCCAUAAGCAGCUUCUUGUCUACAAUGAGCACGAAAGGACGGCACAUUCGGUCAUGUUUCAUCCCACUGAGGCUAAUCUUCUCAUCUCGGGCUCCCAGGAUGGGACAAUCAAGUGCUUCGAUACACGAAACGAUAAAGGGGCUGUCAUGACGUACUUUAGCAAUUCAGAGAGUGUGCGAGAUGUGAAAUUCAGCCCUCACAAUCCCAAUACAUUUGCUGCAGUUUCGGAGAAUGGAACUGUACAGAUUUGGGAUAUUAGGAAACCUGAGAAGUGCACGAAUCAAUUUACAGCCCACAGCGGACCAAUUUAUACGUGUGAUUGGCAUCCAACACAGCAAUGGCUUGCAACAGGAAGUCGAGAUAAGCAGAUAAAGAUUUGGAACAUGGGCUCCAAGGCAACGUUGGAACACACCAUCCAUACAAUUGCCGUUGUGGGACGCGUGAAGUGGCGUCCGGACAAGAUGUACCAUAUUGCCAGUUGUGCCCUUGUUGUGGACUACAGCAUCUACAUAUGGGAUGUGCGACGCCCCUACAUCCCGUACGCUUCCUUCAAUGAGCACACAAAUGUAACAACUGGGAUUGGAUGGAAGGGAAGUGAUCCCUACGUGUUGCUCUCCACGAGUAAAGACUCCACAAUCUACAAACAUGCCUUCAAGGAUGCUCAUAGACCGUCAAUGAGAGCCAAUCCACAAGGAGCAUCUGUCAACUACCGCGGGGAUCUCCUCUAUGCUUACAAGACCAAAGUGCCACCACCAAUAACGGCCAGCAAUUCCAAGACGAGUCUUAUAAGCUCCAGACCGAAGCAACCCACAAAGACUGAUCACUUCCACCUGGCCAAAUCCAAUUUGCAGAAUUUUAUUUCAAAAUCAGACCAAGGAAAUUUCACAAAGGACGUCUCCCACUUAUCGCCCCUCCGGGAAUUUUUAUGCCUCAAAGGAUGCGCUCGGGAGUACAAGCUAAUGGGGAAGAGUCUCGCAGAUCUGUGUGAGCACAAUAUAAAUGUGGCCAAGAAAUAUGGGAAAGUUCAUGUGGCAAUGCUGUGGAUGUGGGUGAAGAAUCUCUAUGCCUUCUCCAUGAGUAGCAAUGUUAAAUCCGAACCACGAACAUCCACUAGUGGUUCCAAUCUUCUUGGUAGUCGUCUCAUGUCCCAAACAUCCAAUCAAUCUACAAAUGUUUGGGAGGAAAUAAUUGGGAGUCGUGAUGAUGAUGAGAGUAUCGGACUGAAAGCUGAUGACCAGAAUGCCAUGGAACAAAAGACAGGAGAGCUAUUCAGCAGCACGCAUACAAGAAUUGCCUAUCCUCCUGUAAAUGAUGGAGAGUCUGACAUGUCAUUCAAUGAUUUCAUCUUUGGCGAUCAGGAAUUGACUAUUGAGCACAUGGAUUGUGUGAAGAAUUUGAGGAAUGGCUUCCUGUACGUUGGUCCGCAUUUCUGCAAAGAGUGGUCAUUACCCAAUUCCCCGUUAAUCGGAAGUGAUUUACAUGCGGCAAAGCAUGAAACACCACCAGAGAGUUCCCAGGAAACCACACCGCCUCCACAUCCGCCGAAUUUGAUAAAAAUGAGUUUCAUGCCGUACGUUCCACUUUGGGAACCUCAUGACGUUCUUGCCGAUUGUCUCAUACUCCAGGCUGACAUUGGGGAUGUACAAACAGCCGUAUCCAUCCUCAUUGCUCUGGGUGAGAAGAGGAAUGAAUUGCCAAUUGAUAAAAUCAUUCAUGAAAAUUGGCUUCUGGCGUACAUUGAUCUCCUCCAUCGGCAUCAAAUGUGGAAUGAAGCUGCAGAAAUUAUGAAUUUAUCAUGGAUUCCCAAUAUUUGCAUGCUCAAUGAACAAUCCACGGCAGUCUAUACAAAUUGUGGCAUUUGCGGGAAGCACCUCACGAAUAAAUGGCAUUGCACCAAAUGCCGCUCCUCCGAUGCAUCCAAAUGCAGUGUUUGCAAUACAAUCGUCCGUGGACUCUAUGCAUGGUGCCAGGGAUGCUCUCACGGUGGUCAUCUUGAACACUUGAAGCAGUGGUUUACCGUCCACUCUAGAUGCCCGAUAUGUGGACACUUGUGUGAAUACGAAUAAAACAAAACAAAAAUGAGAUUUAUUACAAAAAAAUGGUUGUUUAUUAAAAAGUUUAUUUUGGAAUACAUAUUUUUUUUUAAACAA